AUGGCUGGUGGUUCUUGCCUACAUAUGUUAAAGGCUUUCCAUCCCGAGGGUUUUGAAGAAGCUGUUAUUGCAACUAUACUACGCGAGGUUUUAAAGGCAUUGGAGUAUCUUCACCGUCAUGGCCACAUCCAUUGUGAUGUUAAAGCUGGAAACAUUCUCAUCAGUGACCAUGGUGCAAUCAAGCUGGGUGAUUUGGGUGUUUCUGCGUGCUUAUUCGAUUCUGGUGAUCGACAACGUGCAAGGAAUACAUUUUGCGGGACACCAUGCUGGAUGGCCCCUGAGGUUAUGGAGCAACUGUAUGGAUACGACUUCAGGUGA